AUGAGCUCAUCCCUCUGCAGAGGGCAACCCCCACCUUUCCAGCGCUUUGCGUCUACUGAGUGUUUGCUCACACAUCUGGCCAUCCACAACACGACUGGAGAAGUCUACGUGGGAGCUGUCAACUGGAUUUUCAAGCUGUCCAGCAACCUGACCAAACUGCGAAACCACAUGACUGGUCCAGUGGUGGACAAUGAGAAGUGCUACCCACCACCCAGUGUCCAGUCCUGCCCUCACGACCUGGCUCAAACCCCCAAUGUGAACAAGCUCCUCCUUAUAGACUAUGCUCAGAACCGCCUCAUUGCCUGUGGCAGCACCUCCCAGGGCAUCUGCCAGUUCCUGCGUCUGGACGACCUCUUUAAGCUGGGUGAGCCUCACCAUCGCAAGGAGCACUACCUUUCCAGUGUGGCGGAAUCGGGUACCAUGUCAGGAGUCAUCAUAAGCUCCCCGCAGAGUCCUACCAGCAAGCUCUUCAUCGGAACCCCUAUCGAUGGAAAGUCCGAGUACUUCCCCACGUUGUCCAGCCGCAAACUGAUGGAGAAUGAAGAGAAUGCUGACAUGUUCAGCUUCGUCUAUCAGGACGAGUUCGUGUCCUCUCAGCUGAAGAUCCCCUCGGACACGCUGUCAAAGUUUCCCACUUUUGACAUCUAUUAUGUGUACAGCUUCAGCAGUGAGCACUUUGUCUACUAUCUAACCAUGCAGCUCGAUACCCAGCUGACCUCUCCCGACGCCAGCAGCGAGCAGUUCUUCACCUCCAAAAUUGUCCGCCUCUGCGUGGAUGACCCGAAGUUUUACUCCUAUGUCGAGUUCCCCAUCGGGUGCACUAAAGACGGGAUAGAGUACCGUCUGGUGCAGGAUGCCUUCUUGGCCCGACCGGGCCGGCAGCUGGCCAACUCUCUGGGAAUUUCAGAGAAUGAAGAAAUCCUCUUCACAGUAUUCUCUCAGGGUCAGAAGAAUCGGGCGAAACCUCCCAGAGAGUCUGCCAUGUGCCUGUUCACCCUGAGGAAGAUAAAGGAGAAGAUCAAAGAGAGGAUUCAGUCCUGCUACAGGGGAGAUGGUAAACUCUCCUUACCCUGGUUGCUCAACAAGGAGCUCGCCUGUAUCAAGUCGGGGUCUCGCUACAACAUGCCGCUUGAGAAAAGGGUGGAUGACAGGGAGAAGAGAGGAGGCGAGAGGGAAAGAGUGCAGAGCAUGAUUGAGCGCUGA